UUCAACUUUUUGAACGUAGUAAACCAUAAUUGAUUUUUUUCCAACAUUGAACUGAUGUGCUGAUACCUUAACGAAAACCUUUUUCUAAUUGGUGUUUCAUUUCCAAAAAUAGUCUCGGAGAGAGGCAUUUUUAUGCGGCUAAAAAAAUUGUGACGUGCCGUGUGCUAUCCUUGAAUUAUGAAUUUUCUUGGCUUUUUGUAUUUACCAAGCUAUCUUAUUUCUCGCUAACCCUACUCAAUUAUUAUACAAAACAAUAAAGAUGGCUGAAGAAGAGGUUAAAGCAGAUAACCUGGAUGUGGAGUCAUCAGAUGAGGAUGAUAGCAACAUAGUUCAGUCAGAGGAGCAAGAUGCAGACAUGAUGAGUAUGUUUGCCAGCGUGUGGGUCAAAGUGGAGGUGGAGGAGGAUGAAGCCUCUGAAUUAGCCAAGAGUGUUAAAAAAUCAAAAAACAAAAACAAGAAAAAGAACAAGAGGAAAAGGUCAGACAAAAUACUGAACUGCCCUCAGUGUGACUACACAACGUCAUACAAGAACUGUUUAGAGGCACACGUGGCCGGCCACAGCGACUCCAAACCAUACUCCUGCGACCAGUGCCCUUACACUACCAAGUACUCCACUGCUCUGCAGAGACACAUAACCAUCAAACACACAGCACGAGAACCGAGGACACUCACAGAUGAAGAGAAAAAGACCAUGCCUCUACACAAGUGCAGUGAAUGUGAAUACACCUCAUACUUCAAAUGGAAUUUGAAUGCUCACAAACGAAAGCAUAAGCUAGAAAAGCAGUUCAAAUGCAAAUAUUGUGACUAUGCCACAGCAUACAGACACAACUUUCUCAAACACAACAAAGUUCACAACGAAGGUGUGUUCUAUAAAUGUGACAAAUGCCCCUUUGUCACCAAAUUUGAAGGCCACAUCAUGAGACAUCUCUCAAAAAUACACAAUGAGGUCACUGAAAAGGCCAACAAAUGUGACAUGUGUGACUUUUCAACCCUAGUGCGUUGGAGGCUGAAUGUGCAUAAACAGAGGAGCAAGCAGGAUCACCCUAUUAAAUGCAUGCAUUGUGAUUUUGAAACCAUUUACAUGUGCGAGAGUAAAAAACAUAGAGUGACCCAUUACAGUCAGAUCUACGGUAAUGGCUAUUUGAACAGUAAACCAGAUGAUCAGUCGCAGAUAGACGUGCAAGAAAAAUCUGACCAUAUAACUAAAGAAAUGCUUGAGCCACAGAAACGGGAGGCAAAUCAGUACACAUUGGACCCUAACUGCUUAGAUUGGAACAGCAUUCAAGUUCUAGAAUCGGAUGACAAAGAGAAGCCAUUCCUAUGCCAUAUGUGUAAAUAUACAUCCAAGUUUAAAGCUGCCGUGCAACGUCACUUCCAGAGGCAACAUACAGGCAGUCAAAACCGUCCUUACAAAUGUGUCAACUGUGACUUUUCUACAAAAACAAAAGAUCAGAUAGCUUUACACAAUAAACGAAGUCUAUCUGACAUAUUACUGUUCUGUGGUGUCUGUAACUUCACAUCAAAAUACAAAUGUCAGUUUGUGAUGCAUCAGAAGUGCCACUACGCGUACAAAUGUACCAUAUGCCCAUACUCGUGCAGACACAAAUACGAGUUGCAGAAACAUUUUACAACUAUGCAUUUGGGCAAUGGGUUGAAGUGCAGCUACUGUGAUUACCGAGCAGCUAGGAAGGAGAGUCUACUGUGUCACGAAACAGUCCACACCGGGCACAAGCCGUUCAAAUGUGCACACUGUCCGUACAGGUCCGUACGUAAAUGUUUACUGGACUAUCAUUUGAAACGGUAUCACAGUGAUAUAAAACAGGAUAUAACGAUUGUGAGUGAGGACAAAAUUGAGUCAUUAAAAGUGCCUCUACCGAAAUUGAUCAGUGACAAUAUUGACCCAAAACUAUUGGGAUCAAGUAUAGAGGAGAUCAAAGAAAAAAUAGGAUGGAAGGAACCAUACGACAUGGAAGAAAUGAAGGAAAAGUUUGAAUAUACAAAUGAUAUGGCAGAAUGAGUUAGUAUUUAUUUUUAUAUGUUUUAUGAUUAUGUAAAAUUAUGAAAAGCUUUUGCAAAAUUUGUAAAAAUACAUUGGGUUCUAAAUUAGCUUAUUUAGAUUGUAAAAUUUUCAUGAACUACAAUGUUCUUAAUAAUGAUAAAUUCCAUUUAUGUACAUGGAAUGUGCACAUUCUGCUGGAUUAUUUUGAAACUCGUACAUUAAUAUUACAUUAAUAUUAAUUAUUACAUUAUCUACUAAGAAAUGUUAAUAUUUAGGCACAGUAAAUGUUUAUUUUUGAUUUUAUUAUUGGAUUGAAUUGUUUCUAGGAUUAUUGGUAGUCUCAAUCUAAACAGUAGGUAAUGUCUGAUUCAGACUUUAUGCUGCACGCAGGUAGACUAAAGUGAACACGUGUGAAAUGACUGCUCCCGCUGAUACCUAAAAUUUUGCAUUGUAAAUCUUAACGCACAAUGUUCUAAGAAGUUAUAAAUUUUUAAUUGGGUUGUAGCGACUUAUCGGAAGCCAACUAUAACUAUUAACAUUAUCCCAGAAAAAAAGCGUGACGCGUUGACAAGAACAUAUUUGAGUGAAAAGGGAGAAAAUAAAAAAAGUUGUGUCAGCUCCGAUGCAUAAAUGGAGUUAACUCUUUCAGAUCGACUGUCUAAAUAAGUGUAUAGUGUGCCCCGCAGCAUACACUAUGAACGUCGCAAUCACAACGCCAGAAAAGUGAAAGGUGCGCAUCUGAGGAGCAGCUGCGUGCGCGCCCGUCAACAGCGCACGAUGAAAGGUGCGCAGAAUAGGUUGCGCACAAAAACGUAACACUGUCAUUCGUUCAUCGAAUUUUACUGCCCCUAUAUUUUUCAUACCAGGGCUAUACAGCAUGCUGGCUAGUAUUUCCCAUAACUUCAAGGUGUUGACGAGUCCAGUUAUAGGGAGCCAAACUGCAUAGCUAAUAUUUUUGAACUAAAAAUUUAACUUUUUAGGUUUUCAUAUAAAGUAAUUCAAAUAAUUCCUACUAUCCAUCCAUGUAACACACGCCUAUCUAUUCUUGCAUUUUAAUAUGUGUCAAACUUGGCUACGUCAUAAUCAUAAGGAUGCGUAUAUAGGACAGAUUUUAAGAUCUAUUUACAAAAGAAUAUUAUUAUUAUUUACCCCGAAAAUAUUAAUUUAUACAUGUUCCUUGUACAUUUUUAGUUACUUUUCGGUAAAGAAUAUAACCCCAGAGUUAUGGGAAAUAUUCCCGAGCAUCCUGUAUAUGAAAUAUUGAUUCUUAAAAGUAGUAAACUCCAAAAAAGUACUAGUUUAUUUGUUAAAGAGCUUCCAGUGUAUGUAACAUUAUUUGAACAAUAAUAUUCUAGUAAUGUGAUUUGUCAAUUAUUUCCACACUGAAAUAAUGUUAUUUUAAUGUAUGAUAUUAUAGACUGAGAGCCUGUGGGGCCUGACCUUUGACAAAUUAUAAAAGCUGAAAAUAUGUUAGUCCCGUGCUUCUAUCGUGAGUAGGUGGCUGGGCAAGUAUGGAGCAAAAUAUAUCUAAAGUCCAAACCAAACCUUAAUAUUUUUUUUAAAGAAUAUUUGCCAUUUUUUUUCCAAAAUUAAUAAUAUUCCCGUUACGAGUAGUCUGAAAACCUGUGUUAGGGGUAGGUAAGACAAUAAUCUAGCUAGCAGGGUCCGAACCCAUGACCUUGGCGUGUCCGGCCCAUUGGCGUAUCUAGGAUUUUUUCUUAAGGUGGACCUGGCCCCCUAUAUCCAGUCUAUUUAUCAUAAUGGAAUUUUAUCAUAUCGGUAGUUCAGAAUCCUAGGGUGGGCACAGGUCCAUUCCAGGGUGGGCACGGCCCACCCGGCCCCCCAGCUAUAUACGCCUAUGGUCCGGCCCCUUACCGUUGAGCUAUUGAGGGUUUGAGUUUGCAUUUCAUUUGUCCAAACAUAAAGUUUAAUAAAAACUAGCGGACACUUCAGUUUUUCGCAAAUCCUGCGGGAUCCUUGGACUUUUCCGGGAUGAAAAGUACUCUUGUACUUUCCUAUAGUAAGAGCAUGGGUUGAAAAACUCGGCUUUUAUAAAACAUAGGUGUGGCCACAAGUUAUUUGACCAUUAUACUGUUUAGAAUGUAGGAAUUUGCCAUUUAACAUUUUAGCAAUGGAAUUGAUUUUAUAAGCAAUAAAUAAAUGAAUAAAUAAUUAAAGUAAAUGAAGAAUCACAAGAUACAAAUUAGAUGUAAGUUAUUAUGAUAAUAAUGAUAUUUCAUAUUACAUUUGUAUUAUUAUGUUGUGUAAAUAAAUAUUUGUUUUGAGAGAU